AUGUCGAAUGAAAUGGAGUACUAUCUCCUGCGAUGCUCGAUCUGCUUUGACUCCCGGCUGGACUUUUGCCUGGAGAUGUGCCGAGACCAGUUCUGCAGAGAUUGCUUCCAAAAAUACGUCAAAGAGGUCGUCAGCAACUCCUGGGGACUAGACGUUACAAAGAUCAAGUGCCCUGUCUGCCAAGAUCCCCUCCCUCUCGCGGAAUGGUCCAAGUAUGUGGACCAGGCAACGCUCGCUCAAUAUCAGCAGUACAACCAGCCGUAUCGCUCAUUCUCACGCUUCUGCAACGGAUGCGACAACGAGGUCGCCAUUUCCGGUGUCAAGCAAUCGAUUCUGGGUCUGCCUUCACAAGAUUUACUGCCUUUGUUCGAAGCUCUCCUGAAGCAGCUGAAGUCGCUCUUGUUCUUGGGAGGUCUGAAUCCCGAGGCAUCCUCGACAACGUCGUCCGCGUCUACGAUAUUUUCGUCAAUGGAUGGAUGCAAGCGACACAAGCUUAGCGGCACUGGACUCUCGAAGCGCGAUAUCCGAGCACAGGGACUCGUCCAGCAAUUCAUCAAGGACUAUCGAUCUAUGUGCGGUACUCCUCAAGGCAACGCAGUCACAAUUCCUUCAAUGGCCCAGUCGUACUUUUCAAGUCUGGCCAUGCGCGCUCUGGGAGGAGGAUCUGCGCCACUGGUACCGGCACCGCCUCCAGCUAACCCUGGCCAACACUCGAACGAUCGGAUGAUUCAGUCAGGAGGCCACGAAGCGCCAAGAGGAGGUCACUCAGUCGGCUUUCAGCAGCAUCUCGGUGCGCGCCCAGCUCACCCUCAUCUAGAUUUGGCCUACAGAUCCGUCCCGAGCUCAUUGUUCCAACGGAAACAGCAGCAGCCUGUUACGGCAACUGGCGUUCUGGAGAUGUACAAGGAUUUGAUGGUGUCGUUGAUCGAGCUGUUUGACCUGAAAUUUCCAGAGCAGAACGACAGGGUCGAGGCGGUGCCUCGAACCGACGCCAUGGACGAAUCGGAAGCGUAUGGCCAUCUGGGCACCUCCACUGCAGUUACAAGAAUGUCCGAAUCUGGCAAAGUCGCCGGCACGGAUCUCUGCGGCGGAGUCACGAUCGAGACUGUCAGGAUACCGAAACGGACGAUCGCCGACCGCUCCAAGAUUGUUACUCGUGCAGAGAGCAAACGUCAACUGGAGGUGAAGAAGGCUUUGGUACGCUUUAGCAAGGACUUGCUGAGUCUGGAGGUUCGGCCUGAGCAGUGGAAAGAACUCCAGUUCUUGCAUGUGCGCUGGUGUCGUUGGGACUGGUGCAACUACUGCGAUCUGGAAUUGUGUUUGCAGUGUGGAGUAUCGAGCCACCACGAGUCAGAGACAUGCUUUGAGCACAUGAGAUCAGUCAUUACGACCAACACACCCACGCCCCGACGAAGUCGGACUAGCAAGGUCGAGAGCUGCUCACAGUUCGGCUCGAUGGGAUACAAGGGCAAGGAGCGAUCGGACUUGGAUACAGGGACGAUGCAAUGGAAGCUGGCCAAUACGAACCCAUGUCGCCAGGAUGCUGAGGAGCCUGCUGGAGAGAAGGAGUCGGAUGAACAGUGGGAGAAGCAUCCUAACGAAUGGGAGGACAAUGGUGUCCAGGCUGCGGAUCAGGUUGAGACGUUAGCCAUUGCUAUGGAAGGAGAGCUGCCACAUACUGGACAGGGACAGGCUGAUGCCGGGACUAUGCGCCAUGGCCACCGAAGACGUCGAUCCGACGACCUCUCCGCUGCCAUCUCCGAGAAGCCCGAGAUUGGGGUGCCCAAUGUGUUCAUGAUCCAAGCUAAGCGAUCGCGAGCAUAA